AUGUCGGCUGCUGCUUCUACGAUCCGCAAUAUCAAGUCGGUGGUGCCUCUUCUCGAUCGUGUGCUCGUCCAACGCUUCAAGCCGGAGACCAAGACGGCCACCGGCAUCUUCCUGCCCUCGUCGUCAAGCUCGACGCCCAUGCCUGAAGCUUCGGUCAUCGCCGCUGGCCCUGGUGCUCCCAACAAGGAUGGCCAGGUAGUGCCCACUAGCGUGAAGCCCGGUGACAAGGUGCUGCUGCCAUCGUGGGGUGGCAACCAAAUUAAGGUGGGCGACGAAGAAUACCUCUUGAUCCGCGACUCGGAAAUCCUGGCCAAAAUCCAGGAGUAA